CCUGCAGCAAAUGUCGGCUUAAUAUUUUCACAGAGACAAAACACUUCGGUGGCCUUACGGUUGUGUAGUCUACGUUCUACGAGUCGCCGCCCACUGAACUAUUUAAGCAGCUGUCAGACAUCUGAGCUCAGUGCAGAGCAAGAUCAUCCAGAAUUUCUUCACUUCAGUAGACUCGACUUCAGAUGGCAUUUACAGCUAUUUUAGGAGCAGCCGGAGCAGUUGUUGCAGCUCCUGCAAUUUUAACAGCCGCGGGUUUCACUGGAGCUGGCAUUGCUGCAGGAUCAGUUGCCUCCUGGAUGAUGUCAACAGCCGCCGUGGCAAACGGAGGAGGAGUCGCUGCUGGGUCAGUCGUAGCUGCUCUUCAAAGCGCAGGUGCAGCUGGAAUCUCAAUGGCAGGUCAAGCAGUUGUAGGUGCUGUGGGAGCUGCUUUGGCUACUGCUGCCAGCAACUGUACUGGGUAACUGGAGAAGCCUUUGCCAGUCUUUUUGUAGCAUCUUACAGAUUCCAUUAUGUUCAUUUGUAAAAUAAAUGAAAAUCGGAAAGUUUUUCCAAAUGCAUCUUGUUCUAACGA